UUAGCGGAAUCUGCGGAACGGAUUCUGCGUGUUCGUGGCCAACAUGGCUGGUUUAUAACAGAAUUAUUAACCCAGAAUAAAAUGACAAUUAUUGUAAGAUGCGUUCGUUACGAAACUAAUUUAUUUAUUUUUAGUUCACGUAGAUGAAGUGAUUGAAUAUUAAUUAUGAUAAAAGUAACGUAAUUUAUUAAAAAGAAGCAGAAUAUUUGAUAAUUUAAUUUUUAGAAUGAUAAUUAUUUCAAAGCAAUUGAAAAAGAAAUAACAAUUUGCAUGUACGAUUGGAAGAGAGUUUUAUUGUAUAACAAUGGCAGGCCCUGUAAGUGUACCAGAUAAUUUAGUCAAAUGGGAUUUAAUAAAUAAUCCCUUAGCUCCUCUCACCAUAAACUUGAAGACCCAACUGUCAUCUCUGGAAGAUGAAAUUGUUAAUUUAGAUCCUGUUACUUUAAAAAAGUCAUCAUGUCAAACAUUAAAUUCAGAGCUAGCUUAUACAGCACUCCUAGAAAGUCAAGAUGACUAUAUAGAAAGCUAUCAAAAGCUUCUUUUACAUUACUCAUCGCUAGAGCAAAAGCAUAUGUCUUCAGAAGACAUCAAAUAUGUAUCUUAUCUUGCUCAGUUAAAAUCUAGAAGAGAAGAAUGUAAUGACUUGUGCCUACAAAUUCAGAGUGUGUUGGAAGACUUUUCGGCCUUAACUAGACAGUAUACUGUUGUUUCUGAAAAAACUACUUCUUUACAUGAAGCCAGUGAACAGCUGAUCUCUGAUCAAGAAAAAUUAAAUACAUUUGUAGAUAAAAUAGCAGAGCAUUUGAAAUAUUUUAAAGAAGUAGACUCAAUUAUGGAUAAAUUGGAUGCUCCAACUUUGUCUAUUAAUAGUGACAUUUUUUUCAAUUUAUUAGACAAGAUUGAUACCAAUAUGGAUUUUAUGCAAAAUAAUCCAACUUUUAAAGAAAGCAAUACAUAUUUAGUCAAGUACAGGCACUGUCAAUCCAAAGCUAUAACACUCAUUCAAAAUUAUGUUUUUAAAUUAUUCACCAAGGCGACUGAAAGCAUUUUGAACCCCAAGGAUAAUGAAAAUAUACAGAAAAAUCCAGAUGCAGCACUGGCUUUAUUUUAUGGCAGGUUUCAGUCUAUUUUACCUAAAACCAAGCCAGUUAUUGAGCAAGUUGAGGCAAAGGCCAACAAACGCCAAGAGUAUGAUACUUUGCUUUUAGAGUGCCAUGGGCAUUUUUUGAGUUACAGAGGAUUAGUAUUAGGACCCAGUAUACAGAAAAGUUUGCAGUCCAUAAAAACCAAGUACAAUGGAGAUCACUGCAGUUUAGUUAGGCAUUCAUGCUCGCUACUACUACAUGCUUCCAUCGAUGAGCACAGAUUGUUUUAUCAGUUCUUCAGCAAAUCUUCACUAGCUCUGAUGUCAUACUCAGAAAAUCUGUGCACAUCUCUUUAUGACACUCUUAGACCAUUUAUAAUUCACAUCAACCAUUUAGAAACACUGGCUGAGAUUUGCUGUAUUUUAAGGAUAGAGAUGUUGGAUGAACAUGUGCAAAACAAUAGCGAGCCUCUUCAAGGGUUCGGAAACAUCUGCCUCCAAUUGUUGCAUGACGUUCAAGAGCGGCUAGUGUUUAGAGCGCACCUGUACUUGCAAUCGGACGUGGUUGGAUAUAAUCCGUCACCUGGAGACCUUGCGUACCCAGAAAAAUUAAAAAUGAUGGAGGAUAUUGCAGAGUCUAUCAGGGAAGAAAACCGGCAGUUUCGAAUGAAGAAGAUAUCGCUUUCAUCUAUGGAAAGUGGGAGCAGUAGCAACGUCGUUGAGCCAAUAUCCAGGACUCAUGUGAUGGGCAUUGAUCCAAUGUAUCAACGGGGCUCGCAUAUGGGUAACUCACCAGCAGAUUUGCACGGUAUGUGGUACCCAACAGUACGACGAACAUUAGUUUGCCUAUCAAGAUUAUACCGAUGCCUUGAUCGUCCAGUAUUCCAGUCUCUCAGUCAAGAAGCUAUAACAUACUGCGUGCAAAGUAUUGAAAUAGCACGAGAGAAAAUCCAAUCGCGAGCAACACCUCUCGACGCCGAGCUAUUUCAAGUGAAACAUUUGCUGAUUCUACGCGAGCAGAUUGCACCAUUUCAAGUGGAUUUCACAGUCAAAGAGUACAGCCUGGACUUUUCUAAGGUCAAGAGUGCUGCUUUUGGAUUGCUAGAGAAAAGGUCAAGACUGUUCACCUUGUCUAAUAAUGCGUUGCUGGAAUUUUUGCUGGAAGGCGCACCUCAGAUGAAAGAGCAGUUGAUUGAUUCGAGAAAGCACGUCGAUGCUAAGUUGAAAAAUUCUUGUCAGAGGCUCAUUCAACAUGUCACGAGACUGUUGAUCGAGCCAGUUAUUCAACUGUUGGAAAAGUCUAAGAACUCACAGCAGACUGCAGCAUUGAAAUAUUUGGGCACAGCCGAAUCCAUAGCAGCAGUAGUAGGUGAAUCAUUAAGGUCCAUCCGCUUCAAACUACCAGUAGUUCAACAAUCAAUGCAGCUUUACUUAGCGAACCGUGAGACCGAAUGUAUUCUGUUUCGCCCAAUAAAAAACAACAUUGUUGCUGCAUUUGCACAGCUUUCACAGCUGCUAUCUCAACACUACACGGGCGAAGAGUUAAUGUUAAUUGCAUGUCCGUUGCCUGAGCAAAUUUCUAUAAUGCUGAGUUCGACGUCAUUGGCACAACCUGCCAAACCUGAGGAACCGCCACCACAACCCACAGCGGUCAUCGCUCAAGAGAACAGUAGUGUGGAGACUGUAUAGUUU